UCAAAUGUAAAACUUUACGGUUUCAGUCUGUUAGUCUUGAAAGCACCGCGUGGCGGCAGCAGCUCGUUCCCGCGCUGGAGCUCCUCAACUUUGCCCCCGGAAGCGGAAAGUCUUUCCUUUCUAGUUUCUGCUUCAUAUAGAGACACACAGAGACGAUGGCUCCUCGUAAAGGGAAGGAAAAGAAGGAGGAGCAGGUCAUCAGUCUGGGUCCUCAGGUGGCUGAAGGAGAAAACGUGUUUGGAGUUUGUCACAUUUUCGCCUCCUUCAACGACACCUUCGUGCAUGUCACCGACCUCUCCGGAAAGGAGACAAUCUGCCGUGUGACCGGUGGGAUGAAGGUGAAGGCCGACAGAGACGAGUCGUCUCCGUACGCCGCCAUGUUAGCCGCCCAGGACGUCGCUCAGCGCUGCAAAGAGCUCGGCAUCACAGCGCUGCACAUCAAACUGAGGGCCACCGGGGGCAACAGGACAAAGACUCCCGGCCCUGGAGCUCAGUCUGCUCUCAGAGCGCUGGCUCGUUCCGGCAUGAAGAUCGGACGUAUUGAGGACGUCACUCCGAUCCCCUCAGACUCGACCAGGAGGAAGGGUGGUCGUCGCGGUCGCCGUCUGUAAACUGCAGCAAAGAUUUUCUGACAAUAAAAGGUUAAAGUCC